AUGAAUUUCUCCUUACUCCGAUUUUCCGAUCCCACCAAUAACUGCCGAGCAAAAUAUGACGAUCGUAACGGUACUGCCAAAAGUGUUAGAAUUGGACGCCAACAUGCAAAUUCUUUACGAGAGAAGCUCAAAUCACAGAUGACCGAUUCUGCUGACUUGGCCAAAAAGACAGAAGGAAGAAGUGAGCAUGGAGAGGCUGACGAAAUCCAUUCACAGAAGGAUAGCGAACAUUUGAUGAAGGAUGUAUCAGUGCCAAUUACAUUGGGGUCUGACAAGUGGAAUAAUGAAGGUAAAAGUGUUACUUGGAUAGACGUCACAGUAAAAGUACCACUUGCCAAAAAAUCAUUGUUGAAAUGUCUCAAAAUCGUCCGAGAAUCAAGAAAGACAAAAACUAUACUUAAUAAAGAAGAGUUAAGUGGAGUUGAUGUUAAUAGUGAUAAUGAUAAUGCGGUGAUAAUGAAUAUCACUAAUCAUGAUUACAGCGGGACGGGCAAAACUGUUCUUCUGAAUGCACUCACAAUGAAUGUAUCAAGCAAUGUCGACGUGAAAGGCAAAAUAUUGGUCAACGGUGAAGAGCUCUCGUCAACGGACAUGCACCGCAUAUCGCGGUAUGUGCAUCAGGACGAUGUAUUCAUCGGUACUUUGACUGUGCGAGAGCAGCUCAUCUAUUCGGCUGAACUUCAAAUGGGUCACACUACAACGAAAGCUGACCGAUUGAAGCGAGUAGAAGAAGUACUCAAAGAGCUUGGCCUUAAAAAGUGCGAAACAACGUUGAUUGGGGUUACAAAUCGACUUAAAGGCAUCUCCUGUGGUGAAAGUAAACGUCUUGCAUUUGCCUGUGAAAUUCUUACCGAUCCGCUUAUUUUAUUUUGCGAUGAGCCAACAUCUGGCUUAGACUCUUUUAUGGCCGUACAAGUUGUGAAUUGUCUGAAAGAUAUGGCCAAAAAAGGAAAAACAAUAAUUACAACAAUCCAUCAACCAUCCAGCCAAGUAUUCAACAUGUUUGACAAGGCAACCGAUAUAAAGGCAGUUUUAGCAUGGCCAACCUUAGAAGUAGAAGGAUUACGCUUUCGAUGUUUCAGCGUAUGCUUCAUGGCAAUGGGAAAGGUUGUGUAUUUCGGUCCGGUCACAAAAGUCUGCAAAUUCUUCAAAAACAUUGGCUUCACAUGUCCUGAAACAUAUAAUCCAGCCGACCAUAUCAUUAAAACCUUAUCCGUCAUGCAGAAUGAACAGGAAUGUCAAACAAGAGUAGACAAAAUUCGAAUCGAAUUUGAGAAAUCGACUUUUGGCAUGAUGCUUCACAGAAAGUCACGUGGCCAAGAAUUACAGAAGAAGAUGAUCGGAAAUAAAGAUUUAGAAAAGAGAAAAAUGUACGCAGUCUCAUUUUUAUCCCAAUUCCUAAUUCUCGUGCGACGAUCAUUCCUGACAAUAAUGCGGGAUCCUUUAUUGCUGAAAGUGAAAUUCAUUCAAGUCAUUGUCACUGCAUUGGUCAUAGGGAUGGUAAAUUUUCAAACACAGAUAACUGGUCCAACUAUAAUGAAUUUGGAAGGUAUAUUGUACAAUACCGUACGCGACAUGAACUUCAUUUUCCUCUUUCCAUCAAUCAGCGUAAUCACGUCGGAGUUACCGAUAUUUUUACGUGAACAUUGCUGUUCAAGAAUUUAUAGCGCUCAAGCUUAUUACCUGGCGAAAUCAGUUGCUGAAGUUCUUCCGGAAUAUACCAUACUUCCACUUUGCUAUGCAAUUAUUGUGUAUUUCAUGAGCGGACUUCAUUUGGCAGUAAAAGCGUUUGUCACUUAUUGCACAAUAACUGUUGUGUUGACAAAUUUGGCAGUUUCAAUUGGGAAGUUGCUUGUUGACUUUUCUGUCAACGCUUUUCCUUUCAAAGUUCAAACAUACGCCGGUGCCUGUAUUUUUGGAGAAGACAGCUUGGCCCUCACCUACAUGCCUUGCUUUAUCUUGCCAAAUUUGGUAUUCGGUGGCUUUUAUGUCAAUUUCCACUCCAUUCCUAUCUAUUAUCAGUUCAUAUCAUACAUAUCCUGGUUUCGAUUCGGUUUUGAAGCAUUGCAAGUCAAUCAGUGGCUCAAUUAUAGAACGAUACCCGGAUGUGAAGAAGGUGCAACCAGUGUAAUCAAUUACUGUCCAGCAUAUUCGGGGAACGGCAUAUUGGAACGUCGGGGAAUGGACACUUCACAGACCGUUAUUCUAAACAAUUUAAUUGUCCUAAUUGUAAUGUUAAUCGGCUUUCGGGUUAUUGGUCUGAUAGCAUUACUUCUAAGAGAUAUUAUGGUUGAUAAGACGUUAGCAGACGAGCAGUACUAUCAUGGGCUAUUACCACGUGAAGACAUCAAAAUGAUGUUACGUAACAACGGAGAAUUCAUCGUUCGGACAACGGAACCUGUCGCGGGACAGCCACGUGCUUUUGUCAUAUCAGUUAUGGUAUCGGAAGAAAAAGAGGAGCUCGGGAUUAAACAUUAUGUGAUACAACGCACUCCAAACGGUAAAUACACAAUCGAGAAGUAUGGGUUUGAUAGCGUGCCUGAAAUGAUAAAUUUUCAUCUGAAUAAACACGAGAGUUUGGUGAAGAAUGCUGAUGUAUUCCUGACCACGCCGAUACUGCGUCAGAGUUGGGAGCUACAUCACGAGGACGUGGAACCGACCAAGAAAUUAGGAGAAGGAGCUUUCGGUGAAGUGCAUCUCGGACGUCUGCGACUUCGAAACGGUCGCAAAGUUGAUGUCGCUAUUAAAUUGGCCAAGUUAGAAGCACUUACCAAAGAACAGAUCAAGGAAAUCAUGAAAGAAGCCCGGCUGCACAGAACAUUCGAUCAUCCUAAUGUAUGCAAGUGUUAUGGAGUAGCUGCUGGCCAGGAACCUCUAAUGAUCGUUAUGGAAUUGGCAAAUAAAGGAGCAUUGGAUUCGUAUUUGCAAAAAAAUCAGGUAUCGGUGGAGCAAAAGAUGGACAUGUGUUUGGGCGCAUCGUGGGGACUUGAAUAUCUCCAUGCGAAACCUGUUUUGCAUCGCGAUAUCGCUGCACGAAAUUGCCUCUUUGGUGAUAAUAAGAUAAAAAUAAGUGAUUUUGGAUUAACACGUGAGGGCACAGUGUACCAAAUGGAUCCAAGAAAACGGGUUCCGAUCAGGUGGCUUGCACCGGAAACACUGCGUACAGCUAUGUACACACAGAAGACCGAUGUGUACAGCUAUGGCAUUAUGUGUUGGGAGAUUUUCUCAAACGGUCAGGAGCCUUAUCCCGGUUUUACCGUUGCCGAGGUCAAUGUUCGGGUCAAAGAAGGUUACCGAAUGCCAUUACCUGAAUGUGUGCCGGCACAAAUGCGUCGCGUUAUAGAAGUAAAGUGUUGGUCAGACAAUCCGAACGACCGAUGGUCCAUGGCGGAAAUUUCUAAAAAUCUUCAACGAAUCACCGGCACACCUCGUCCUAACUUCACCGCGCAGCAACAGCCGGAUGAAUCACAACCGGAAGGAGGUGAGAAGAAGAAGAAAAGUAUGAUAAAGCAGAAACCGAGGAAAAGUAAACAUAAAGGUGCUAAGCAUUAA